AUGUUGACGAGUAAUGUUAAAACUGUGCAGGUGGUGCGUGGCAAUUCCAAGAACUUCGACGAUUGGGAAAAGCUGGUAGGCGAGGAGUGGAGCUACGAGAACCUCUUGCAUUACUUCAAGAAAUCCGAAAACAAUCUCGAUGAGGAGGCGGGCGACUGGCGCUUUCACGCGACCGGCGGCCCGCAGACGGUGCAGCGCCUCCCGCACCGGGACGCCAACGUGCAGGUGCUGCAAGCCGCCUUCGAGGAGAUCGGCUUCCGCGCGGUGGACCUCAACGGCUACAACUCGGAGGGAGUAAUGAUUUCGCAGGCGUUUGCGUACGAAGGGCGCCGCAUUACGUCAUACGACGCGUAUUUGCGGAAGCCAAGAGAGGAGCGAUCCAACUUGCACGUGCACACGCACGCCCACGUGACGCGAGUCCUCGUCGAUCCAACAUACAAACAGGCCAAAGGAGUGCAGUUUAUCAACAGACAAGGAAGGCUCGUCACGAUAUUUUCGCAGCGCGAAGUCAUUCUUUGUGCUGGAGCGAUUAACACCCCCAAAAUUCUGUUCUUGUCGGGGAUCGGUCCAGGAGAUGUUCUGGGACCUCUGAGCAUCCCACAGAUCGCAGAUCUGCCAGUUGGUCGUAAUCUACACGACCACGUGAGCCAAGACGGUUUGAUUAUCCAGUUCACGAAAACCGCCCAAUUGCCGAACGAAACGAUGCGGAUUUCUCAUUUGUCGGAGUACUUGCUUCGUCAACGCGGUCCGCUCGCGGCCACUGGCCCCCAGCAACUUGUGACCUUAUGGUACUCACGGUAUGCAGACGGCGCCGCGGACGUCAUGUUCACGUUUCGUCCCAUGCCCUGCCUGGGUGAUGUUCUGCCUUAUUACAACGAAGCGGGCUACCUGGAGGCGCCGGAGGACCGCGCGACGCUGAUGGAGGCGAUGCAGCUGGCGCAGCGGCGGCUGGCGGGGGCGGGGCCGCUGCGCGACGCCGGCGCGCGCCUUCAGCAGACGCCGCUGGAGGGCUGCGAGCGCUUCCUGUGGGGGUCGGCGGAGUACUGGAGCUGCGCGGCGGCGCAGCACACGGCGCCGGGCCACGCGGCCGCGGGCACCUGCCGCAUGGGCCGCGCGGGCGACCCGCGCGCCGUGGUGGACGCGCGGCUGCGAGUGCAGGGCACCCGCGGGCUGCGCGUCGCCGACGCCUCCGUGCUGCCGCACCCCGUCGCGGGUCGCCUGCGCGCGCUCUGCCUCGCCGUGGGCGAGCGCGCCGCCGACCUGCUCAAGACGGAACACCUGCCGGCCGGGGCGACGCACGCGCAGCCCGUCUGCUCUUUCUAA